AUGGCUUACUCUUCAACAGUUGCCGCCUUAUUGCACCCCUGGUCGGGGCGGCUAGAACUCGUUUGCAGCCUGCCUCUGUACAGAGAUAGAGGGACCAUCUUCGAUAACAAGCCACCAGCAAUCGACAGGCAUCCACUCCUAAUACAAAAACCUAAAAAGCACCAGAAGCAGCUAUCUAUUGAGCUUCCAUGGCUUUUCAACAUCACGAGAGAUGAGACUGGAGAUGAGAUCACUGAGGAAGAGGACACCAUCAGCACGACAGAGACGCAAAGCGAUGCGCUGAGCUCAGAUGAAACGACGUGUGGAUGUGUCGACAACAUGAGCGAGACGCUCCAGGCUACGGCGACCGACUUUGAUACGCUACAAAAAGAGACACUGGAGGCACUUGUCGAUUUGAAGAUAAAGCACACUUCAGAAGAAGAGGAAAAGAAUGCCGAAGCAGAAGACGAGCCAGAAACACCAUUCAUUCUUUCCCUCACCCGCAAGCUGUCACCCAGCCCCGAAUACCGAAAUGAGUACUUCCAAGUUGCAAAGUCUGCCGUUGCCGGCUGGGGAGCUUUUGCCGAACGAGACCUCAAACGAGGAGACAUCAUCUUGAGAGAAAUUCCGCUAUUCGUCGCAGAAAGCCACAAUAUCAUACGAGAGUUUUACAAGCUCAGCUUGCAGGACAGAGAAGUCGCGCUGAGUCUCCACGCACACGAGCUCAUCAAGGGGGACACUCCCAAGGUCACCGCGGUCUGGCACACCAACUGGCAAGUCUCACUGCCUCAACCUUUCAUCACGCUCAUUCCCGCCAGCCAAAACGACAACUAA